UCUAGCGAGGGCUUGUGAAGCGGGACAGGAAUGCCAUUGGGAGAGCGCGGUGCGGAGGCGGUGUGCCUUUGUGCUGGUACUUGGGCGGGCCUGUUGGGGCCAGCCAAAUUGAAUGCGGUCGCAGACCCUCCCGCGGUACCAGCACCGGGCCCUGACCAGGAGCUGUCCCUCAUCCUCCAACUGCAACUCUACUGGAUUUGUUUUGCUUUCCUUGGAUUCGUCGCCAUUUCUUCCCCUCUUCUCGAUAGCGGUGUGUGUCUGUGCUUCACACUCCUCAACUUUCUGCGACCGAGGAUCCUCGUCCUUGAUCUCCUUGCAACGUUUCGUCUCGUUCCCACUCCGCCAGGCUGAAACAGAAAGAAAGAAGGACGGUGGUAUCUCCCCCAACACUCCGUCCCGCGCAAUCCAGACAGCUGUAUCUCAAGCAAAUACAACACCAGCACUCGCUCAACACCGGUGCCCAUCCCGAACUCAAGAUCUCGUACGGUGGUCUGGAACCACGUAUUCACUCGUUUUCAUUGACUCAACUUGAAAUCGCUGGCUUCGGUUCGAGAAAAAAAAAAACCCUCGUUGAUCCUGCACCCUCGACCACAUCCCCUUGCACGAAGCAACGAUUCACCACCGACUCUGAGCUCAUCUUCUUCGAGCUCUCCUACUCGUUAUGGCCGUAGAUACGUCCUCGCCGCCGCAGUCGG